UUAGCUUGAUCGCGUGUGUUUGGAGCACCAGUGUCAGACAAUAGACAGAAGGUAAUUCAGUUCAGAUUCUCGCAUACUAGGGGAGGAAGCAGAGGGUCAGAAUAGAAACCAUCAAUGGAGGCGGCGCCGCCGUUCGCCUCUGGUCAGCGUCCCGGCUCACUUGCAUCGCCGUCCUCAUUGUCCUUUUUCCGUAGCUCUUCUUCUUCUCUCUUGCUUCUUCGGGGUAAUGUUUCUAUGAGAAAUCGUUCUCAUUAUGCCAAUGUCAAAUACUCCAGAAACUUCUCAGUUCGUGCCUCCUCUUUAGCUGACUCUGUUGUAACUGUGCUUGAUUAUGGCGCUGGCAAUGUUCGAAGUGUUAGGAAUGCUAUCCGCCAUCUUGGAUUUGACAUUAAAGAUGUGCAAACUCCCGAAGACAUUUUGAAAGCCAACCGCUUAAUCUUUCCAGGUGUUGGAGCAUUUGCCCCUGCAAUGGAAGUGCUAAACAAGACUGGGAUGGCUGAGGCACUAUGUUCAUAUAUUGAGAAAGAUCGCCCAUUUUUAGGCAUCUGUCUUGGACUUCAGCUGCUUUUUGAAUCUAGUGAGGAGAAUGGACCAAUAAAGGGUCUUGGUCUAAUACCUGGAACUGUCGGGCAAUUUGACUCAUCAAAUGGUUUUAGUGUUCCACAUAUUGGCUGGAAUGCCCUACAAGCGACAACGGACUCAGAAAUUCUUGAUGAUGUUGGAAACCAUCAUGUCUAUUUUGUGCACUCUUAUCGUGCAAUGCCUUCAGAAAAAAAUAAAGAGUGGGUAUCUUCCACUUGCAAUUAUGGUGACAAUUUUAUAGCAUCUAUUAGAAGAGGAAAUGUGCAUGCAGUUCAGUUCCAUCCUGAAAAGAGCGGAGAUGUUGGUCUUUCUGUUUUAAGAAGAUUCUUGAAUCCAAAUUCAAACAGGACAAAGAAGGCUGGUGGAGGGAAGGCUUCAAAACUAGCGAAAAGGGUGAUCGCUUGCCUUGAUGUGAGGGCAAAUGAUAAGGGGGACCUUGUUGUAACCAAAGGGGACCAGUAUGAUGUAAGAGAACAAACAAAGGAGAAAGAGGUAAGAAAUCUUGGCAAGCCUGUUGAGCUUGCCAGACAGUACUACAAAGAUGGAGCUGAUGAGAUCAGCUUUCUAAACAUUACUGGUUUUCGAGACUUCCCUCUUGGUGAUUUGCCAAUGUUGCAGGUAUUGCGAUAUACAUCAGAAAAUGUUUUUGUGCCCUUAACAGUUGGGGGUGGAAUUAGAGAUUUUACAGAUUCAAAUGGCAGGCACUAUUCUAGUUUGGAAGUUGCUUCAGAAUAUUUUAGAUCUGGAGCUGAUAAGAUUUCUAUUGGAAGUGAUGCAGUUUAUGCUGCAGAAGAGUAUUUAAGAACUGGAGUAAAAUCUGGGAAGAGCAGCUUAGAACAGAUAUCUAGAGUAUAUGGGAAUCAGGCAGUGGUAGUGAGUAUUGAUCCUCACAGAGUUUACGUAAAGAAUCCCAAUGAUGUGCAAUUCAAGACUGUAAAGGUGUCAAAUCUAGGUCCGAAUGGAGAAGAAUAUGCCUGGUACCAGUGUACGGUUAAUGGGGGACGAGAAGGCCGACCAAUUGGGGCUUACGAGCUAUCAAAAGCAGUUGAAGAACUUGGUGCUGGAGAAAUACUACUUAACUGCAUUGACUGUGAUGGUCAAGGGAAAGGAUAUGAUAUAGAUUUAGUUAAGUUAAUUUCAGAUGCUGUAAGUAUCCCUGUGAUUGCAAGUAGCGGUGCUGGUGCUGUUGAUCACUUUUCUGAAGUGUUUACCAAAACAAAUGCAUCUGCUGCACUUGCUGCUGGCAUUUUUCAUAGAAAAGAGGUGCCUAUUCAGUCCGUAAAGGAGUACUUGUUGAAGGAAAAUAUUGAAGUCCGAAUCUAAUAUCCUGCUUGCUGACAAAUUUUGAGAUGUAUUUUGUCAGGGCAAAUAGAUUAGUCAGUCAGGAUAUUUAAAUGAAGCUGCUUGUUAUGGAAGGAAACCUAGAACUGUUUUGUAGGAAAUACCAAACUUCAACCUUUCAUGUAAAUUUAGUGUAUUUUUUUAGCCGAGUAAAAUUAAUGUAUUAAUUUCCAAGUAACUUGAAUUAUUUUUGUCUGAUGUAUUGUUUCUGAAUUUGGAGCCACCUCGGAGGUCUGUUUGCCCAUGUACUGUUUGUAUAUUGUGAUGAGACUAAACCUUACUGCAUGCUGAGUUGCUGCAACUCUAGUUUGAAAUAAAUGGAUUGUAUUUAGGCUUU